AUGGCGACUUUAGCAGAUGAGCUACUGAACGAUUUUGAGGACUCGGGAUCAGAAAAUGAAGCCAACGAGGAGACUGGGGCUGACGACCUUGCAGAGAGUGCUGAUGGCGAACCAGCAGUUAAAAAGGCAGCAUCUUCGAUAAUUUCUAAAAGAAACGGCGAUGACGAGGAUUUGGAUGGUGAUGUCGAUAUGGGAGCCACCCUCGACGGCGACUUUGCCCCGUCGCAAGAGGAAGAAGAAGAUGCUAAAGCUAAAAUUGAGAAUAUGCGAUUUUCCCGAGUGAGCGAUGUAAGAAGUGUCGCACGCCUGAUGAAGACCCUACAGCCUAUAUUAGAUAAAAUUUCCCAUUACCAAUCCUUACCGCCAGAACAGCGAACGACAUCCACAGGUUCUAUUGAAGAUAAUCCAGAGUACCAUCUUCUGACAGAGUCAAACUCUCUCUCUACCUCCAUCGAUAGCGAAAUUAUACUAGUACACAAAUUUAUUCGGGAUCAUUACUCUGCUAGAUUUCCGGAACUUGAGACUCUGGUUACAAACCCCUUAGACUACGCGAAGACGGUGGCUAUUUUGGGAAACAGCCCUUUGAACGAUAUUAAAUCUCUGGCGCUUUCAGUGCACAACAUGGUUGGCGCGACUUUAAGAUCCGUUCUUGAUGGACCUCUGCUGAUGGUUGUCGCCGUCGAAGGGACAACCACAAGGGGUGUAGAACUAACCGAAUCUGAACUACGCACGGUUUUGGAUGCGUGUGAAAUGAUGCUCUCCCUGGAUAAGGCCAAAUUUAUUCUUACAGACUAUGUUCAAUCGCGAAUGAACAUCUUCGCACCGAACCUUACAGCCCUUAUUGGAUCCCUUACUGCGGCCCAACUUCUCAACUACGCCGGAGGCCUUACAGGCUUAGCCAAGAUGCCAUCGUGCAAUAUACCCCCAUUAGGCUCGAAAAAGCAAACUCAAGCGGGAUUUGCUACUAACGUUGGUAUUCGACAUCAGGGGUUUUUAUACCACUCACCCAUUAUCCAAGAAAUUCCAAAUGACUUAAAACGCCAGGCGAUGCGUAUCGUUUCAGGCAAAGUGGCCUUGGCAGCCCGCGUCGAUAGAGUGCACAGCAGUCGGGAUGGGUCAACAGGCGAAGAAUUGAAACAGGCAUGUUUAGAGCGGCUUGAAAAGCUAGCAGAGCCUCCACCAAAUAAAGGUCCCCGGGCCCUCCCUGCUCCGGACGACAAACCAUCCAGAAAACGCGGUGGGCGUAGGGCGCGAAAAGCCAAGGAGGCUACUGCAAUGACGGAUAUGCGAAAGGCUCAGAAUCGCCUGGCUUUUGGUAAGGAAGAAAAGGAAGUUGGCUACGGUGCGGGAGAAGGUACCAAAGGACUUGGUAUGCUCGGUCAAGAGAACCUAGGACGGAUUCGUGCUGCCCAAAUUGAUCAAAGAACGAAGGCGAAGCUCAGCAAGUCCAACAAAGGGUGGGGUGCUGCUUCAACAGUGGGAGGAACGGCGUCGUCGCUGCGUGGUUUUGGCCAGACUGCUGGAAGUGCAUCUGUGCUAAACGGCCAAGGACUCAGGGCCGCUGGGGUGGGGCCGUCCGUGGGAUCAGGGACAGCGAGUACCAUUGCAUUUACACCAGUUCAAGGCUUGGAGCUCGUCGAUCCCAAAGCACAGGCUGAACUUAGCCGCAAACGCAAAGCAGAAGAAGACAGGUGGUUUAGGAGCGGCACGUUCACGCAGGUCGGCGGCGGUCAACAACCAGAUACGGGAGGAUUUAAGGUUCCAGCGCUCCCAACCAAACGACUGAAUACUGGCGACGGGAAAAUGGGACCUCCGCCUCCUCCGCUCAAAAAGCAAUGA